AUGACAGAAAACAAUGGUACGGGAAAGGUGAUGAAGAAGAAAAACAAGUUCAAAAAUGUAAGUGUACCCUCGAUAUCGAAGGACUCAUUCGUAAAAGAAACUGAAAAUCGACAAAAACCAAAGGAAGAUGUCAAGAUGAAAAAGAAGAAGUCGAAAGAUUCAACUCACAAUCCGCUAGUGAAACAUCAUGAAGGCCAAAAGUGGUAUGACUAUCAGGUAAAUGAGCUGGUCGUAGAUGCUGUGAAGGACACACUCGGAACUAACGAUUUGUUAGCUAUCGAACAUGAGGCCGAUAUUCUUCUAAACAACGAUGUGGAUCUGUACAAUCGAUAUGUUCGCACCCAGGGUGGAUCUGAAGCGUCUUGGCUCCAGACAGUCAUCAAAAGAGGUACUGCUAGCGACCGAAUGACGGCGAUGCAACUUCAGAUGCAUAACUCACCGGUUCACUCGUUGUCUUAUAUGGAAACAAUGAUCUCUUCUCUUGAAAAGAAAAACACGCGAGAAGCCCUCGAAAUACUGCCUAUUCUCGAGGAGAUCUUCCUAAACCAUUUCCUCCCUACGAAUCGAAAACUAGUGCCGUUCAGUGGGAGACCUCUAAAAAGGAUGAACGAAUUCUGUUCGAAUAGUGAAAAUGGGAGAAAACGGCUACUAGUGCUUUGGCGGUUCGAGCAUAAACUUAAAUUAGUUUACCAAAGGUUUUUACGAGCUCUGGAGGGAUUGGCUUCCCUUAAUGUCGAAGAUCUCAGUAAACGGGCCCUUCGAACUGCGCUGAACCUUCUCGCUGAGCGUCCGGAAGGAGAAUCUUUUCUUCUGAGCAUGCUUGUUAAUAAAAUGGGACAUCCGAAGACACAGGUAGGAUCGUAUGUGGUUACUUUGCUCGAGGAUCUUAGUAAGCGACAGCCGAAUAUGAGGCAGUUCAUUGUGGCUGAGGUAGAAAGACUAAUCUAUCGGAGCAACGUUAGUCCGAAGGCACACCUGUACGCGUCUACUUUUCUUUCACAGAUCACUUUACGAGCUGGAGAUUCGGCACUCGCUGUGCAAAUGUUAUCGAUAUACUUCGGAUUGUUCAAGACACUAGUUAGUCGGAAGCUGCCCGAUAAUCGUUUGAUCAGCAUCCUCCUCUCCGCUGCGAAUCGCACUCUUCCAUUUUCAAAAGAAAAAGCUGAUGCGUUGGCAGAAGACAUUGAUACACUUUAUAAAAUCGUACACACAAGUUCAUACUCCGUAACACUGCAAACGCUCAAGUUGCUCUUCCAAGUACACCAAGUCAGUGAGUCACUGUCGGAUCGCUUUUAUACAGCCGUGUAUCGAAAACUACUGCUGGAGGUGCCGCCCUCAAGUUACAAUCAACUUUUGCUGUUUCUUUUCAAGGUCCUUAAGUCAGACCCUUCAGAACACCGUGUGCGCUCAUUUGUGAAACGAUUGCUUCAGACAGCAACAUGUUCUUCCCCUCCUAUGGCGGCUGGGAUUCUUAUUCUGAUCUCGCGGCUGUUAGAAAACAAAAACAACUUGCUUGUUCUGGGAAAACGCGUAGAUCGUUUGACAAGUGAUCGUGUAGAAAUGAGGGCCAAUGAUGACGAAGAUGAGCACUUUGUUGACCUUGGACCGGAUGGAAAGCCUAUUGAAGUAGUUAAAAAGGAGGAGAUCGAUACUUCUGGUGACCCGACUGAAGAUAUGAAAGAUGAACGUAAGCCAGAUGGAACGAAUGGUAUCAAUUCGGUCAAUAAGAACGGUUGGAUCCAUCGGCGAGAAUCUGGAUCGCAUCCUUGCAAAUCUCCGUACAAUCAUUCUUCCCGCAACCCACUUUUCGUAGACUGUCAAAACAUAGUUGAUUCUGAAUUGUUACUGCUUUCUAAACAUUAUCAUCCUUCUGUGGCUAUUUUUGCGAAGGCUCUUAUUCAGGAUGGCUGCAUUAACUACAAAGGCGAUCCAUUGGAGGAUUUCACUUUGUUGAAGUUCUUAGAUCGUUUUGCUUUCAAAAACCCUAAGGAAGAUCGCAAGGUGAAUUCUGGUAGCGACCGAAUUUUGCGAAAGAAGCACUUUGACCCUUGGGGUGUCAAGAAGCUUCCUGUAUCUUCGAAAGAAUACGUUUCUAAAAAAGUCAACGAACUUCCGGCUGAUGAGCGUUAUCUUCAUCGUUUUGCUUCUCUCCGAUUUAGUCAACAAGGUGACGAUGGGAAGAAGAAGGAAGAAGACGACUGGGAAAUAGAGAGUGUCGAUUCUGCAGAAUUCGAUGCAAUCAUCAAUCGCUUCGAACCUGGUGAAGCAAACGAAGAGUUUGACGUGGAUUACUCCAAGGAGUUCACCGCUGAAAAGAAGAAGUUAAAAGAUCGCAAACGUACUGCUGAAGAUGAUAUUUCUGAAGAUGAAAGUGUAGAUUUUGAUCAAGAAGGAGGUGGAGAGUCUGAUGAAGAUUUGGAAGAGGAUGAGGAGGACGACGAAAUCGAGGAAGACAUUAGCGAAGAUGAUGAGGAUGUGGAAUUGGAUUCGGAUACCGAUGAAGGCGAGAAUUCAUUUGAAAGAAGAACACGCAAGAAUCGUGCGAAUGCUGAUUUCGGUGAUAGUGAUUUGAGUGAUGACGAGAUGCAAGAAGGCGGUGUGGACGCCGCUGGGGAGAAGUUUGCAACACUACUCGAGAGCUUCGAAGAGGAAGAAGCAGAGAAUAGCAAAAAAGGGAAAAGAAAGUGGAAGAAAUUGAAGGCAUCUAAACGAAAGAGGAGCUGA